UGUGAGUGACAACACAGCUGUGUGGAACUAGGUUCUGCCUUCAUCCAGCACAGAAUUCCACUGCCCAGGGACACUCUUUCCCUCUCUAUUUUAACUUCCUUUAUUGCUGGGUCUCUAUCACCGGCAUCCAGUUCAGGGCGUGGGAGGGAUCUGCAUGUAUUCGUGAAAGACUCGACUCAGGUGGGCACCAAGAAGAACGUUAGAAAGACAGCGUUGCAGUCAUUUUCUCUGAGGGGGGCCUGUAAAAAUAUGGAGCUUUUGUGCUGAGGGCCCCCCAACGCCGACAAACUAACCUGAAGCAGAAGCACAGAUUUCCAUCAUGGUGGCUGAGGAAGUCAUCAUCACCCUCUCCGGAGGAGCACCAUGGGGCUUCAGACUUCAGGGAGGACAAGAGCACCAGAAGCCUCUGCAGGUCGCCAAGGUGCGAAAACGAAGUAAAGCAUGUAGAGCUGGACUGCGUGAGGGAGAUGAACUGGUCUCCAUCAAUGACAAUUCCUGUGGGAGUUUGUCACAUGCCGAGGCCAUGAACCUGAUCGACAGCAUACCAGGAACGCUACACAUCCGGGUUAGGAGGGCACCGGCUGGCUUUCAGUCGGUGGUUCUUGUUGCUCGAGCUCCUUCUCCCCGCAUUGAUAAAGAGUACCGUGCAGCCCUUAGGGCCAUGUCACCAUCGAGCUCUAGAUCUCACCAGCCCACCGUCCGACAGAUCCACCGAUCCCUGAUAUCUCCGACUGGCCGCAGCAGCUUGACCUCCCCUCCAGGAAGUGAAGCCUACUACGGAGAAACAGACAGUGACGCAGACGUGGCAGCCCACGAGAGGCAACGCAAGCCAAAGCGACGCAGUCCCAGCAAUUCUCCAGGCAAGGCUGGUCGAGCCUCACCAGAAGGAGCAGAGACUUCAGAGAUGAGCGGGUAUGACAGCGCAUCGGAUGCCCAAGUGUACCAUCUUCUGGGGCAUAAUGAGAGAGGAGACACAUUGCGCGGCGUAGCCCGCAAAGAAGUGAUUUACCAGCCACCUUUUACUGGAGUCUGGUCCACACAGACAUCCACUGAGACUUCAUCCGCAAGUGCGGAUGACCAGAACCCACAAGAAGGGCUAUUAGAGGAGGAUAGUGGAUUUCAGGAGACAACAAAUGUUCCACUUGUGUCUCCAGAGAGAGCCAAAGAAGCUAUGAUGUUGAGGUCUCGUGCUCAGUUGGUGCCCAUGGUCGGACCAGUUGACCAUCCGGUGGAUGAGGAACUCACCUUAACAUACAUGGAUAAAGCAAAACAAGCAAAAUUGAACCGUGGAGAGACAGUCACAGAUAAACAGGUGAAAGAGGCUCGAUCCAAAUGCCGCACCAUUGCCUCACUACUGACAGAUGCACCAAACCCUCAUUCAAAGGGUGUUUUGAUGUUCAAAAAGCGCCGUCAGCGCUCCAAGAAAUACACCCUGACCAGCUUUGGAAGUGUUGAUGAGGACAUGAGACAGAGCUCUCAAGAUGAGGAUGGCACAUUUCCCGGCAGUGAAUCAGAGUUUGACGAGGAAGGCUUUUCUGCUGCACCUGAUCCCACUUGGGACAGUGACUACCUUGACAUGUUGGAAAAAAGAUCUGUAUCCAGAGGAUUGGAUGGAGAGGAUGGGGGUGCUCUCAGUCCAGGUCUAAGUGACACCUCUGGAAAGGGGGCGCAGUUGUUUGAGCAGCAAAGGAGGAGGGCUGAGGAACAUGCAAAGAAAAUGGAAGCUGCCCAGGAAUACUUGCAAAGCCAAAUGCAUGCAUUGCCUGACCUAAAGACACAACCUCAAAUGCCUCCAGACCUUAUGACAAAACCUUAUGUCCAGCUGCCACAAGUUGCCCCAAAACCUGCCACACCUUCAAAAAUGCACAAGGACUUCCCACAAACAGAAAUGCAAACAAACAUCAGCACACCUCAAGCCCCCCCGACUAUCCCCGGAGAUACUUCAAACACAUUAGUGCUAGCUCCUGUGCAAGCUCCUGUGGUGCCUAUAACUAAUCUUUCAAUAAUGCAGGCUGAAACCGUGAUGCUUCCAUUACCUACUCCUCUACCGGAACUUCCUCCCACCUCUGUGUUAAACCGAACUGCCAGACCUUUUGCCCCAGGCUGCAUUACCCACCGCGCAGCUACUGCUCCUGUUGUCUUUCGCCCUUCAGUCAGUAAGAAGACACCUAGACCUGUUUCAGUGGCUGUGAUGGCACCUCCAUUCUCAACAGCAUCCGAGGAGUGUACCAUGGGUGUCACCUCUGCAUCCUUCUCUAGCCAGUUCACAGGAAGCCAAAGUGCUGAUGCAUUUCCGCAAAUGAUACCCACACAGCCUUUAAUGCCUGCCAAACCUACUAACCCUCCAACUGCAUCUGUGGAAUCAUAUUCUCAACCUGCGCACCACUUCUCCUCAGUGGAGAACAUCCAGGUUGCAUCAGUGCCACCUCCCAUGGUUCAAACAAAAGAGCCUUCCUAUUCUUUAGAAACACAAACAGCUCCUGGUCAUGCAAUCCAUAUUGGAACUACUGUAACCUCAGUGGCUCCCGUUAUGACUCCUCAACCCAUAUCCAUACCACCCCAGGCCUCUACUACCUUGACCCCUGCAGCGCCAGUCAACCCUUCCAUAUCUGUGUCCCCAGUGUCUUCUGUUGUGUAUCGCGACAAAACCACUGCUGCUGGCGGCCGCACAGGUAUUCUCCAAGAGGCCCGUUGGCGUAGCUCGUACAAGCCCAUGUUUAAGGUUCCUGACAUCAAGAAGAACUCACCAAAUCCUGAGCUUUUGACUAUGGUGCAGAACUUUGAUGAGCGACCCAGACGUGGGUAUUAUGAACCUGAAACUGUUCCCCAAAACACAGAUGACAGUAGGACAAGGGUCCCACCACCUGUGGCUCCUAAGCCACGGAUCAUCACAGAAAUGUCACAGAUUCCUCAGGCUGAAGGAAAAGGUGCAGAGCUGUUUGCUCGUAGACAGAGUCGAAUGGAUUGGUUUGUUGUGGAUUCUCCACCACCACAGCAACCUCUACAGCAAAUUCUCAAAUCUCAAUCAGUCAUGGAUGUGAUCCAUCCACUUGAGCCCUCUUCAGGCCAAUCCCAAUGGAAGUAUUCUCCAAACGUUCGAGCUCCUCCACCCAUAGGUUACAACCCUCUGCUGUCUCCCUCGUGUCCUGUUGGGGUCCUGCGCGGAGGGGCCAAGGUGUCUGAGGAAAGAUCCAAAGGAAGUAGGGGAGGUUAUGGGACCCAGAAAGAGGGUAUCAAGGCCUUAGACUUUAUGAGAAGGCAGCCUUACCAGCUGAACUCAGCAAUGUUUAGUUUUGGUGAUGGGGUCAAAGCACAAUCUUCAAACCCUUCCAACCAGAGGCAACAGAGGGAGGGGCACACUCUGAACCUGCCCAGGCAGAUCCCAGUGAAGGCAGCACGUGUGUUUGAAAUUAAACGGUUUUCUACUCCCACCCCUAUGUCGGCACCAACUCUCAACCCCACAGUGAUUGUACCACGUUCACAGACCACACUCGGUGAACAUCUGUCUCGCUCUGACAUGGCAUCUCCACCUCCAGCACCUGCUUCCCCACGUCCACCUGUAGCCAUACCUCAAUCCACCUCAGCACCUUCUAGGGCCCCAGGCCUUCCAGAACUUCCCAAAAUGGCAACUGUGCCCAUUUCUCACCCUCUGCCAUACUUACCCCCAGCUCCCAUGUCAAGUAUGUCAAGCCUGAACUAUCCUGGCCUCCAAGCUGCCAAACAAUUCAAAAGCGCCCCUGAAUUAAGUUUCUUACCACCAAACACCAUAAAGUCUCCAGUCCAGGCUCCCAAACCUCGGUUUAUUGCAACACGAGUGGGCAUUCAGCCCGGUGUGUGGAGGCCUGGCACCCUGCCUCAGUAAAAAGAUUAUUUUCUAAGUUCAGUAACUUGAUUCACUCCCCAAAAUUCAUACAGUUUUGACUUGAUACAUUUUUGAAGAAAACAGUGUUCAGUUGUGGGUCACUUAUUGAUUUAAAUAUUAUCUGUCAUAUUCAGUAUCUGUACCUGCUGUAUCACGAGCACACUCUUAAAUGGAUGGUUGUUACAAAAGUUAUAUGAUGCAAUAGAAGAAACUUUUGGUGCCACAAAGAACCUUUAACAUCUGAAGAACCUUUAUGUUUCACAAAACAUAAAGCAAAAAAAGUCAAUUCAGAUUAUAAAAAGUAAGAAAGAGAUAGUUCUUUAAAGAACCUUUGACUGAAUGGUUCUUUGUGGAACCAAAAAUGGUUCUUCUAUUGGAUCGCUGUUAAGAACCUUUAAAACACCUUUGUUUUUAAGAGUGUAUAUUGAUUUUUGCUUGUUUGUUAGAUCAGUGGUUCUCAAAUGGUUUUGCAUUUUAAAGUUUAUUAUUUGCAUAUUGCUUUCUGUACCCAACCAUAACAGAACAGCUGACAGUGAAAGCAUUUUUAAAAAUAUAUAGCACUAAAAGGGGUUCUUGGCUCUUAAUCAUAGAGGAACCCCUUAUAAUGCUAUAUAGAACCAUCGGUUCUUUGAGAUGACUCAGGUGCUAUAUAGAACCGCUGAAGAACCAUAUAGGGGCUUAACAGGUUCUCUAUACAGAAGUGGUCCUAUAUAGCACCUCGGCCACCCCAAAGAAUCUCUGAAGAACCACUGAAGCACCAAGAUAUGGUGCUAUAAAGCACUAAAAAUGGUUCCACUAUGAUAACGAGCAAAGAAUCACUUUCAGUUCUGUAGAGCACCAUUUUUAGAGACUUUUCAAAACUUUGGUUAAGAUCUCGGUAUGUAUCAAAACUGACAAACUGAGGUUUUCUAAAUUUGAAAUUCAUAUGUUAAUUCUGAAAAUACAGUGUAUUUGCUGUGAAAUGUUUAUCAAUAUGUAAAACUCCAUCUGUGAUAAAUAACAACAUUUAAUGUUGUCUAUUUAACUGUUGGCUGUCACUGGAACAGACAUGAUGUUAUAGAUGAGUUGGUCAUUGACUGCUGGACAAAUGGGAUUAUGCAGUGCAGUGUUCUCCUGUUAAAAGGGAUGAGGUCAUAUGUAGAAAACAACAUUCUGAAAACCACUUCACAGCACUGCAUAGCAUAAGGUUCGACUGAUAUAGCGUUUUAGAUAUUUUUCUAAGGGUAAACGCGUUCCAGUUUUGUCUUGGCAACCUGUAAGGUGACGUGUCAUCCCUUCUGUUUACCUUACCUUUAGCUUGAUCUGCUUGGCACAUUCAAGAAUGGAAAGGAGCUCAAAAAGGAGAGCGACUAAGUAUCACAUUUUGCCAAAGAUGUUUUUUUUUAUUCCCUUUGAAAAAUAAAAACACCCAUAAAUGAGACAACUGUUGACACACAGAUAGAAUAUAGUAUUAUAAAAUUAACGUGCAUAGCACCCAUCAGGUUAUUUAGUCCCGAAUCAAUGAGGUAUUCUAAAGUUCAUUUUAAGAUAUCUGAAUGCAGACUUUUUAAAUGUUAAUAGUUGUUAAUAGUUUAAGAAACUAUUAAGAUUUAUAUGAAAGUCUAGCGGGAAAAUACAUGUUUCUAAGUGGAGAAUCAGGAGAUGCAACAUUUUUCACCUAAGGCUCUGUUUGUUUUCUAUUUAAACUCCAUUCUGUUUAAGAGCAACAACAGCGAUAUUAAGAUCUCAUAAGUGAUUUUACUUUCCUAUGUAUGCCCUUUCUCAGGCACAUGAGAAAUGAUAUCUCUCCUGGCAGAGGUUGUACUAAACAGGUGCAUGAGGGUCACAGCCUAUUUGUGGGAGCAAAGUAAACAAGGAACCAGGCUGAAUUAUUGAAAUGUGCUCUGACCCAAUGUGUGGGAUUUAUAUGUCACUACCAAGCUAUUAAACAGAUAGGAUUCUUUUAAGUUGCGCGUUUUAUUUUAUAAGAAUUUGAGUGGUCAGAUCAGCAAGUGAUGAAGGUUGGAAAAGUGCAGUGCUGGAGAGAGUCUUAAAGACAGACUUGCAGUUUACCUGAGAACUGAAACAAGACAUGUAUGAAAAGUGUAGCACUGAUAUAGCUUGUAGAAGUGAUUAAUCGUGAUCCUCUCUGACACUUUUUUUUACAUGCGUGCAGAAAUACUGAUGAGUUUUCUGAAUGUGUUCCCGAAGCUCUCAGAAAAAUGAGGGAAGUCUUAAAGGAAUUCUGAGACCUUAGUCUAGGGAACAACGGUUAAAAGUGUAAGAAAAUCAGUGUACUUGAAAUUCUGAGAGAAAAAUGUGAUUGCAGGAUUGGCAGGUGAAAAUGAAUAAUUAAAAAAGUUCUCCUCUUUUAAACUUAAGUUUAGAAGUUGAAAAAGAAGUUGCCAAAAGUAGAGUAGAUGUAAUUUUUAAAUCCCGAGCCAUGGUUUUAUUUGUCUUUCGUGUCAUCACGUUUUAUUUUAAGCUUUACUUUGGUCAGUGCUCUUAAUAUUAGCUGUUGUACAAAUCAUUUUAUCACUUUCUCCUUGUAAAAUUUGCAUUUAAUGUCUCUAAAUGAUAUUUUCUGUGCAAUACCUGUAUUUAGUUUAACCUUAGGAUGUAAAUCUGAAGUGUCUUAUGUCCAUGAAUUGGCAAAAUUUGAAUAAAAUGUGUCUGUAAUUUACA